ACGCAAGAAUUACUAUAGCAAAGAUGCUAACUUUACAAGUAAUGUUUCGUAUCCUCACAGUUCAUUAAUGGCUAUGUCGGACCGACUAUUGUUGACAGUAAUCUCGCAAGCAACGAUCUAGAAAUAUAUAUAUAUAUAUUUAUAUAAUUAUAUAUUUAUAUAUAAUUUGUAAAUAUAUCCCGUGGACACCGAUCUAUAUCUAUAUAUAUACAUUAACGGAGCCUCUAGGCUAAAACUUUGUAACCAUGGCGAUGAAAAAUUUAGUGGAGGGUGAGUGUGGAGUUUCAAACUCUCUUCUGAAGUUUACUGGACAUUUCACCGAAGACAAAGCAUUCAAACAGGAAGGCUUUUAUGACUUGCCCCGCUACCCUGAUCAUAAGGUUGAAAAACCAUUGGCAUUACCCAGAGAUGUUGAGUGGGUUGAUGAGUUCUUACAUGCACAGAAUACACAAGCAGCCCCAGAAACAUUCCACAUGGGAAGUCUUCUCCAGGAGAUGCGGCAGAUUGAGGAAGCUGAACUGUUCCAUGAACCACAGACAGCUCCUGCCAUUGCAGACUUAGCUGUUUCUUCAGAAUGGGCGAAAGAUUUCCUUGCUUCUGAAUCUACGCAAAAUUCAGACAUGGGUGCAUCAGCAUCUGCUACAGACUCAAAUUCUUCUGCUGUGAGAUGGGCUGCCGAGUAUUUGGAUCCUGUACAUGCUAAUAAAGAUUGGAGUCAAGAGCAUGAGAAGAACCAGAGUUACCAACCUGAGGAUGUGAGAAGGGCUGCUCAGGAACUGGUCGAUUCUCUGAAUAAUCCAAGAAUCGAAGAUACUGAGUUCAUGAAAUUUAUAUCAAAUGUCACCCACGGGGAGACAGAGUUGAGAGACAACGAGGCACUGCUUGGUGCUGUGAGCGCUGGGGAUGUUCCUGAGCAGUGGGUAGAACAUUUUGUGUCGGAAGAGAGUGCUAAGUCUUUAGUUGACCAAUGGCAAGAAGAAUUCACCAAAGAAAUGGGCAGCGAGACAAUUUCCGAUGAACAGUUUUGGGAGAACCUUCAGAAACACUGGGAAGAUGUUGACCGAAAUGUGACUGACGGCCAUCCCUGGUUGACAGAAUAUACUGACAGUGAACUCUACCAAGACUACAAGUUUGCUAGUGAAAACCCGUUAUUACAACAGAAAGAUCCUUUCAAUGCCGGACUGGAGAAACUAAAGAAAGGAGACAUUCCUAACGCCGUCCUUUUGUUCGAAGCAGCAGUACAGAAAGAUGCAUCUCAUGCCGAAGCUUGGCAGUAUCUGGGCACAACACAGGCUGAAAAUGAAAGGGAACCAGCAGCCAUUGCUGCUCUCAAGAAAUGCUUGGAAUUGCAGCCAGACAACCUCACUGCUUGGAUGGCCAUUGCAGUGAGUUACACCAACGAAUACCAACAGUUGCAAGCUUGCUCGGCCCUGAAGUCUUGGUUGGCCCAUAACCCUCAGUAUUCUCAUUUGGCACCUAUUUCUGAAAUUAAACCUGGCAGUGCAAGCACUGCUUCUUCAAUGGCUUCCAAAAAUCAAAUGAUGGAGAUACGAGACUUAUACAUCGAAGCUGCCCGCCUCUCUCCAAACAAAAUCGAUCCAGAUGUCCAGUGUGGUCUAGGAGUCCUCUUCAACCUAAGUGGAGACCUCAGCAAGGCAGUCGACUGUUUCAACGCAGCACUUCAAGCCCGUCCAAACGAUGCCCAGCUGUGGAAUAAACUCGGAGCAUCUCUUGCAAACAGCAACAAAAGCGAACAGGCUGUAGAGGCUUACCAUCAAGCACUUCAGCUAUCCCCUGGCUUCAUCCGCUCCCGUUACAACCUGGGUAUAGCCUGCAUCAAUCUUGGUGUGCACCAAUCAGCCAUUGAACACUUCUUGGUGGCACUGAACAUGCAACGGAAGUCAGAGGAUUUGAUGCCUGCCUCUAUGAACACCUCCAGACAGGUGAUGUCCAUGAACAUCUGGGGGACCCUACGCAUGACACUAACUAUAAUGAACCGAAUGGAUUUACACGAUGCCUGUGAUAAAUUUGAUCUAGAACUGCUGAAUCGAGAGUUCAACAUGAACUCAUGACCACUUGGGAUCACAUGAACAGAUGGGUAUGAGACCUUUUGACCCUGCUAAUCUGGCACCGCCACUGAUUUUGCAUCACUGAUUCAGUGCUGACUUAUUUGACAUGAUAUUUUUAAUAUUUCUCUCUCUCUCUCUCUCUCUCUCUGUUUAUGUGUCUGAGCAUAUUUCCCAUUAUGUAUUUGAGGGGAGGGAAAAUGCUUAUGUCAAUAAUGUUUUAUCAAUAAAUUGUAAUAUCUCUCUUUCCUAA